UAUAAACACACUCUACUGGAGACCGGGCCGCCGACUUUCCCACGCGAUACAUGACAAACCGUUUUAGCUGGACACACGGCUCCCUUCCUCUCACAAGAUGGCCUCGGAGAAUUUGGAAAUGAACGGGGAUGCUGAUCCAAACGGAGAGGCUGAGGUGCCGCUGCGAGGCCGACUGAGGAGGGACCAGGGACCCCUGAACAUGAACCACUAUGCCAAUAAGAAGAGUGCGGCAGAGAGCAUGCUGGACGUGGCUCUGCUCAUGGCUAACGCCUCCCAGCUGAAGGCGGUGAUGGAGCAAGGAUCAGACUUCACCUUCUAUGUGCCCCUCAUUACUCUCAUCAGCAUCUCGCUCAUCCUACAAAUCUUAGUGGGCGUUAUGCUCAUCUUCAUAGUGAAGUGGAACCUGAACGACCCGAGCAUGCACUACAAGCUGAACAUCAUGGAGAACAUGGCCACGGCCUUCGUCUUCAUCAUAGUUGUCGUCAACGUCUUCGUCACUGCGUUCGGUGUCCAGCGGCCCAACGCCAGUUAAUCAUACUUGACUCUCAAUGCCUUCAGGUCAACUUAGUAUGAAUGGAGCUCAGUAUUAUCCGUGCAAAUGGACACGAUAUUUACUCACCAAGAUAAAUGACAUGCAGGUGCAUUCUGCAACUCUGUCUCCCGGGUUUGAAGAGAUCAAACAUACCACAAAGAUCACGUGACAUUCGUUUGUGUGUGUGUGUGUGUGUGUGUGUGUGUGUGUGUGUGUGUGUGUGUGUCUGUGUCUGUGUGUUUGUUUGUUUGUUUGUUUGUGUGUGUGUGUGUUGAUGGAGUUCCCUUUGUCCCUAACCACUUCCACAGACAUUUGUGUGCUUUUUAUUUCAAGUGGUUAUUCUCCCCUUCAUUACCUCAUAUGCUCAGGUUACUGAUGCAAAUAAACAAUUGCCUUUAAUUAUGAAACAAAAAUAUCAGGAGCAAAGAUACUGUGUGUGAGUCACAACCACUGUGAAUGCUUCCAGGACCAAAACAAAUCUAGAGUUGUUUGGAAGUUUAGAAAUUGUUGUCAGGAGCCUUAUCGAUGUGUUUUGUUUAGAUUUUAAAUUUGUUGUCACCAAAGCAUAAUCCAAAUGAAAGGGAGUGCGACAGGAGCCAUCUUGGCUCGACCUCAGCUUGAGGCAUUACCCUUCAUAAAGGGAGCAUCUAGACUGAUUAAAUGGACCUUACUUUUUUUUUCUAUGCAAACUUUUGUGCGUUAAGUUUAAACAGAUUUUCAAGUUAAUGACUGAAUAUUUGUUGGUUUAUGUAUAUAUUGUACCAAAGUACACUUUUAAGUUUUAUAUUUUGUGUCAUUAUUUCAAGAAGGACAAAAGUUGUUUCUUAGCCUUUUCUAACUGACCUUGUAUCACAAUAUGUACUAUUUCCCAUGAGCUUUCAUAAAUAAAAUGAUACAAACAAAA